UUGUAUGACAAGCAGUCUAUGCGCAACCUAGCUGAAUUGGAGGCUUUGCUGGAGGAGGACGAAGGUGGCGUUGGCGCGCCCAUCAACGAAGAAGAAGCGCCCAUGACGGCCGAGGACGUUGAGCGUCAAUUGGAUCGCCGGGAAUCCAUCCGCUCCAUGCGUGAAUCUGUGCGUAGUCCCAGCGAAGCCAACAUCAUGCUGGGCCAAAGCCUUGGCCUCGACGUCUCAGCGCAACGGUCUCGCAUCCAGGGUGAAGUGGAGGCUUUUCAGCAGCGCUUGAAUGAUCACAUGGCUACCCAACUACUCAGUUGGCAGCGCCACAAGCAGAGCGUUGUGCAAACCAAGCGGUUUUCUGCCAUCCAGCGUAAUCGUGACAAGGCCUUGAAAAAAGCCAUGCUUGGCUUAUCCAAGAUUGAGAAGACUAUCAUGGCAGACUUUGAGCGCCAGGUCAAGACGCAGUUCAAGGCAUACGGACGCAAAUUGAAGAUGCGCGACGAGGUCACGGUGGUGGAGGAGGUGAAGGAGAAUGGUUUUGAGGCCCUGAUUGACGUCGAAAUGGCCAUGUUGCGGGGCAUGAAACUGGAAUACCAGCACUACUUGAGCAACAAGGUGCAUUCGGUCGCGCGCGAUUUUGAAAUGGAGCAGCUCAACGCUCUUCGGACCGAGGUCAAGCGGAAGCAAGAGGAAGAGGACGCGGGGUUGCGUCGCGUCAUCGAUACUCAAUCAGCCUAUCACGCUGCCAACAUCAAACGAGAGCUGAAAAGCAAGGAGGCUGCGGAGGAGCUCGAGAAGAGGCUUGUCAAUGUGGCCGUUGAGGCUCGUCGUCGCUUCAAUCAGCGCAUUGGGCGCGAGGAGCACGAGAUGGACGACUUUAUCAACAAGACCCUGCAGCUCCUGGAUGAGCAACAGCAGGCUGAACUGGAUCGAGCUGCUGGGCACUUUGAGACAGCCAUCCGUGAGUGCAGCGCCAGCACGAACGAGGGCUACGAUGCGCUAGACGCCAGCCUCCAAUGGCACCAAUCCAAACCGGCCGUCUAUCUCGCUGCUGUUCGACAGCAGCGCUGGUCCAAAAUUCGCCAGGAACUGCUUGACAAGUAA